AUGGUUAGAGGCAAAAAUAGACCUCUAGAACAAAUUGGAAAUCGUAUGGCUGAAUUAUUUUUAAUAACUAAUUCUGAAUGUUCAUUACAUUUGGCCAAAGAUACACAAUUCCCAAUAUUCUCGCAAAAUCAUUAUAACGGUCCUCUUCCAUCAAACUGUAUCAGCCCACAAUACAAGGUUAUAGCUUAUGAAAAGUUCAAAAUUAAAAUUGAAUCACCCAAUGAUAUUUGUGACAGUAAGACUGGUGAUAUAAUAAAAGUUGAAAAUAUUUGUUUCUUUCAAGAUCUUAAUAACUGCAUAAUAGUUGGUAGAAAGUUCUUAAGAUGUAAAGAUUUUUUUUUAAUGCCUUGUACCAGCUCAUCAAUAGGGGUUUAUGAAGUGGACAAUAAUUAUAUGUCAGACAUUAACAUAUGGAAAGUUAAUGAAAUAAUAUUAAAAUAUGUAUCAUUUGAGUACAAGAAAUCAUUUGUUGUUUUUCCAUUACUGCAUACAACCUAA